UGGCCGCUGUUUCGGCAAUACAAUACUUGCAAUGUUUUGUAUAUUGAUAUUCAUAUUUUAUAAUGAAUAGAAAGUUUUUUAUGUAUAAGUAGUGAUUAGCGGAUCGUAUACAGUGCUGUGAUAUUUGUAAUGGAUGCAGAGAACGAGUACGAAAUAAAGAGAGCUCGUGAUGCAAUUCAGUUGAUAGAAACUAUCCAGUCCAUGAUCGACGUAUCUGCGGAUAGACUGGAAGGCUUGCGGACGCAGUGCUCCACCAGCGCAGAACUGACCCAGCAAGAAAUCCGCACGCUCGAGGGUAAGCUGUUAAAGCACUUCUCGAAGCAGCUGGUGAUCAAGGCCCAGUUUGGGGAGGAGCUGCAGCGAGAACUCCACGAUGUCCCCAAUCUCCGACAAUGGCUCCGUGUUGUGGGUCUUAGCGUGGAUGCUAUCGAGGCGGUGUGCAGUCGGGUGGCGUCGCUGGAGGCGCUGCGGGAGCGCACGGAGCACGAGCUGCGAGCGCUGCUGUGUAACGCCCGAGACGAGGAGGCCCGACGACUGUGCGGCGCGAUGCAGCGGCUGAGGACUUAUAUCGAGGCCCUGGCGCGCGGCGACGGAGCCGCCGAGCUGCCGCUGUACUGGGACUCGUGGGAGCGACACGGCCGCGGCUCACCGCGCACCAAGCACGAGAACUCGCAUAAUAGACGGAACCAUUCACAUAGCAACAAGUCCCCCAACACGCCCGUCGGCCGCCGCAAGCAGACACACUUGCCCGCGCCCGCCGCGCUCACCAAGUCGCGCUCGCACGAGUCCCAGCUGUCCGUCAAGCCCGACGCCUCCGACCUCAGCGACAACAGCCAAUCGUCCCCGGUGGGCGGGACGGACGGCAGCCCGCCCGCCUCCCCCCGCGAACCGGACCCCGCCCCCACCAAGUUAAAAAAUACUUGUAUGUACAUUCUCACCGCUCAGCCUCCACCGGUCCCCAUUCUCCCCGUCACCCUGGGGUCCACAGCGGGCGGGUCGCCGCGGACCCCGCCGCUCGGGGGCUGCAUGGCCCACGACAUAGCUCACCGCUUCGCCAAGUCCUUCAACAUGAUAGCGACUUGCGAUUUCUGCGAUAAACAGAUACUGUUUGGGUCCGGACUCAAGUGUAAGGAGUGCAAGUUUAAAUGUCACAGAGACUGUGAACCGAAAGUGCCCCCCUCGUGCGGUCUACCCCCCGAGUUUGUGACAGCCUUCAAGGAGAAAUUUCACAAGGAUGUUGCAGGCUACCUCGCGCAGCGGUCGGCGGGCCACGUGCCGGCCGCGCGGCGCCGACCCACCACGCACCACCACCACCACCACUCAGUCAGCAGCAACCACGAGUACUCGUCUAACUCGUCGUCGUGCAACAGCUCGACGCCGUCGUCACCCGCGCUCGCGGCGCCGCCCACGCCGCAGCCGCACCACCAUCACGUCAAACAGUUUAACUUCCCCGUGGUGGCGCCAGUGUCGAGUCCGAACCACGUGGGCUCGGCGGUGCAGUCCCCCGCGCGCAUCAACAACAUCAAAGAGGAAGAUCUCACUGCGAGCAUCAAGAGUGAGGGCUCGGGGGGCGUGUCCCUCAGUGGGUCGGGCUCCACCGACAGCGGGCGGCAGGACUCCGUCACAGACAAUCGCUGGCCGAGACAGAAUAGCCUAUCAAUGAAAGAGUGGGACAUCCCGUACGACGAACUGAAGCUGGUGGAGGUGAUCGGCGCGGGGCGGUUUGGCACCGUGUACCGCGGCUCGUGGCACGGCGCCGUCGCCGUCAAACUGCUGCACGUCACGGCGCUGUCAGACUCCGCGGCGCCGCUCGAUACGUUCAAGCAUGAGGUGGCGACGUUCCGGAAGACCCGUCACGAGAACCUGGUGCUGUUCAUGGGGGCGUGCAUGAAGCCGCCGCGGCUCGCCAUCGUGACGUCGCUGUGCAAGGGCAUGACGCUGUACACGCACCUGCACCUGCGCCGCGACAAGUUCACGCCCAACCGCAGCGUCAUCGUCGCGCAGCAGAUCUCGCAGGGUAUGGGCUACCUACACGCGCGGGGCAUUAUCCACAAGGACCUCAAGACGAAGAACAUAUUCCUGGAGAACGGCAAGGUGGUCAUCACAGACUUCGGCCUGUUCAGCGUCACCAAGCUGUGCUUCGGGAAUAACGCUCGCGGCGACAGUCUAGGCAUCCCGCCGGGCUGGCUGUGCUAUCUGGCGCCGGAACUAGUCCGAGCGCUGCGCCCGCACGCCUCCCUACACCUGCCCUUCUCUAAGGCUACAGAUGUGUACGCCUUCGGGACGGUGUUCUACGAGCUGCUGUGCGGGGAAUACCCGUUUAAGGGUCAGCCACCCGAAGCGAUCAUCUGGCAGGUGGGACGCGGCGUCAAGCAGUCGCUCGCCAACAUGCACGCUUCCCGGGAUAUCAAAGACAUCCUAAUGGUAUGCUGGUCGUACCGCGGCGGCGAGCGGCCGGACUUCCCCCACUUGCUGUCAACGCUCGAGAAGCUCCCGCGCAAGCGGCUGGCGCGCUCCCCCUCGCACCCCGUGCAACUGUCCCGCUCUGCCGACUCCGUGUUCUGAGACGCGGUGACGCGGUCCCGGCCCACCAGGCUCGCGAGAGGUUAGGCAACCCUAUGGUUUGUGGUAAGGCACAACCCUGUCGUAAAAAUAAUCUUAAGGCGCGAUCGCACUUAAGCGACACAACGCGGCAGCAAAGCGACGCGACACGUCACGUGUUUCGACCGUCGACCGGCGACCGUUCUUCGUACGAAAUCGUAUGAGGCAGAGGAGCUACGAUAUGGAACGUCGCUUCAUUUCACUGCAGCGUAGUUACGCCCGGUGCGGUUUUACCUUAAAUAGCCAGCGCGUUUGGCCUUCUUCAUGUUGGUAUAUUCGUCUUAAGUCACCGUUAAUGAUAGCGUUAGUGACAACGAUAGAUCAAUAUAGAGAGGAUACUCUCCGUUGUCGAGCAACUUAUUAAGAAAGAUACUGAUCGUUGGCAGCCCUCACCCAGCUGGCCUGGAGUGUUCUGUGUCUACCCGCGGGUUCCUAUUAUGUCUAAGCAAUAAGUUAGCCAACAUCCGCCUUUUCAUUGUUGGCAACUAAAUUCGCCUAAAGAUUGGGUUCGAGACAAAUAACCUACGCUUCGGUCGUAGAUAAUUUAGUCUAACCUACAACUUACAAGCGAUCUAUAGUACUAAUUUUAAUGUAAACCGCAAUAAAAAUUAAGACUGACUUGCACCAGUAUGGAUAUGCGUGGCGGCCGAAAAGGAAGAUCUUCCGACCGAGCGAGAUAGCAUGCUCGGUCAGGCAGAAGCCCACUGACGCGUGACGUCAUUUCGUCGUAUAAUAGAGAUUUUAUGUCUUGCCGUUCUCAGAAACUUCGAUAGCGCAAAGUCUUAACGUCUUAUCUAGCCUUCUCCUUCGUAAAUAUAAAGAGAAAGAUAACAAGAUAUAUAUAAUCCACAACUAACUGUAACCCAGACUGGUGAAAGUGGACUUAAGUCGAUCGAAUUUAAUCUUAGAUUGUGGUUCUAAACAAAAGUCUACAUGCUAUGAACAUAUUAUGUAGGCUACAUUUGUCUCACACCCUUUCUAUUAGUGGCCGAUUAUACCAUGGGUGUCUUGUGUUAUAUAGUCAUGUAAACGAACGAUAUAUUAUCGAAUUCGAAAAUCGAUUUAAAUUUGUAACUAUAUACCAAUAUAGUUUACACAAUU